AUGCAAGACGACAGCAUAGAAGCUUCUACUUCCAUAUCUCAGCUUCUGAGAGAGAGCUAUUUAGCAGAAACUAGACAUCGGGGAAACAAUGAGAGGAGUCGAGCAGAGCCUUCCUCCAACCCUUUCCAUUUUGGCAGUCCUUCUGGAGCUGCUGAAGGAGGAGGAGGCCAAGAUGACCUUCCAGAUCUUUCAGCCUUUCUGAGCCAAGAAGAAUUGGAUGAAAGUGUCAAUCUGGCAAGAUUGGCCAUCAAUUAUGACCCUUUGGAGAAAGCAGAUGAAUCUCAAGUUAGAAAACGUCUUUCUUCUGAUCAGAUGAAACACUCACCUAAAUCAAGUUUUGACCCUAACUUCUGCCAGGAUAACUCUCGAAGUCCUACCAGCUCUAAAGAGAACCCCCAGGAGGUAAAAAGGCCACAGUAUAGUUCUGAAACCCAGUCCAAAAAAGUAUUCUUAAAUAAGGCUGCCGAUUUCAUUGAAGAGCUGUCCUCCCUUUUCAAAGCCCAUAGCUCCAAAAGGAUUAGACCUCGUGCCUGCAAAAACCACAAGAGUAAAUUGGAAUCUCAAAACAAAGUUAUGCAGGAAAACAGCUCCAGUUUCUCAGAUCUAUCAGAAAGACGAGAAAGAUCUUCUGUUCCCAUCCCUAUCCCUGCAGAUACUAGGGAUAAUGAAGUGAAUCAUGCCCUUGAAGAGCAGGAAGCUAAGAGGCGCGAAGCUGAGCAGGCUGCCAAUGAGGCAGCUGGUGGAGACACUACCCCAGGGUCUUCACCUUCAUCUUUGUACUAUGAAGAACCUCUGGGGCAACCUCCCCGGUUCACUCAAAAGUUACGGAGCAGAGAAGUUCCAGAAGGAACCAGAGUACAGUUGGAUUGCAUAGUGGUAGGAAUUCCACCACCUCAAGUAAGGUGGUACUGUGAAGGCAAGGAGCUUGAAAAUUCCCCAGACAUUCACAUCAUCCAGGCGGGAAAUCUGCACUCACUGACCAUCGCUGAAGCAUUUGAAGAGGACACAGGACGCUAUUCCUGCUUUGCUUCUAACAUCUAUGGGACAGACUCAACUUCUGCUGAGAUUUAUAUAGAAGGGGUUUCUUCUUCUGACUCAGAAGGGGACCCUAACAAGGAAGAGAUGAGUCGAAUCCAGAAGCCAAAGGAGGUGUCAUCCCCUCCCACUACCUCUGCAACCAUUCCUUCAGCAGUACCCCAAGCCCAGCAUGUGGUGGCCAAGCCCAGUGUGUCAACCAUCCAGCAGUGUCAGAGCCCUACCAACUAUUUGCAAGGAUUGGAUGGAAAACCUAUCAUUGCAGCUCCUGUGUUUACAAAGAUGUUACAAAAUUUAUCAGCUUCUGAGGGUCAGCUGGUUGUCUUUGAAUGCAGAGUAAAAGGAGCUCCCUCUCCUAAAGUUGAGUGGUAUAGAGAAGGGACCUUAAUAGAAGAUUCUCCAGAUUUUAGGAUUUUACAGAAAAAACCUCGAUCCAUGGCAGAGCCAGAGGAGAUCUGUACUUUGGUCAUUGCUGAAGUAUUUGCAGAAGACUCUGGGUGCUUCACAUGUACUGCAAGCAACAAGUACGGCACGGUGUCAAGCAUUGCACAGCUAGAUGUAAGAGGAAAUGAAGACCUCAGAAAUAAUGGGUCUCUUCACUCAGCCAGCUCUACCACCAACCUGGCUGUUAUUGAGCAACAGCCAUCCCUACCCAAUCCAGAGCCUCCUUCUGUGGAACAACCCCCUAAACCCAAACUUGAAGGGGUUCUGGUGAACCACAACGAGCCUCGGUCCAGCUCAAGGAUUGGGCUCCGUGUGCACUUUAACCUUCCUGAAGAUGACAAAGGAAGUGAGGCAUCCUCUGAGGGCGGCAUGGUGACCACCAACCAGAUCAGGCCCAAUUCUUUCCAGGAAAGAUUCAGUGGACAGCCAGCAAAAUUCCCUGAGCCUUCUUCACCUAUCAAAGAGCCCCCUCCAGUUCUGGCCAAACCCAAACUCGAUUCCAGCCAGUUACAACAGCUUCACAACCAAGUCUUACUGGAACAACAGCAGUUGCAAAACCCAUCUCCUUCAUCUCCUAAGGAGUUUCCAUUCAACAUGAGUGUUUUGAACUCCACGGCUCCCCCGGCGGUGACAAUGUCCAACAAGCAGGUGAAGGCCCCUUCAUCACAGACAUUCAGCUUGGCUCGGCCAAAGCAUUUCUUCCCCUCCACGAGCGCCACCGCAGCAGCCGUGUCCCCUUCCAGCUCUCCAGUGUUCACCCUGAGCAGCACUCCUCAAGCCAUUCAGAGGACAGUGAGCAAAGAAAGCCUCUUACUUUCUCACCCCUCCAUGCAAACCAAACCUCUAGGAGGGGUUUCCAUCCAAAACGAGCCACCCCCUCCAGGUCCAAUAGAGCCAGCACAACCACCACUCAUAUUUUCCAUCUCCAGUGGAAAACAGUUUCAGCCCCGCUGUGUGUCCCCAACUCCUGUCUCUCCCACCAGCCGGAUUCACAACCCAGUGGCUUUCCUCAGCUCUGUUCUGCCUUCUCUCCCUGCCAUCCCACCCACCAAUGCCAUGGGGCUGCCUAGAAGUGCGCCAUCUGUGCCAUCCCAGGGACUAAUGAAGAAAAAUACAAAGUCUCCUCAACCAGUGAAUGAUGAUUACGUUCGUGAAACUAAGAAUGCAGUGAUUCUAGACUUGGGGAAAAAAAUGAAUUUCAGUGAUGUCAGAUCAAACCAGCAGGAGUACAAAAUUUCAAGCUUUGAGCAGAGGCUGAUGAAUGAAAUAGAGUUUCGUUUGGAACGUACCCCUGUUGAUGAAUCAGAUGAUGAAAUCCAACAUGACGAGAUCCCCACGGGCAAGUGUAUUGCUCCCAUCUUUGACAAAAGACUCAAGCACUUCCGGGUCACAGAAGGUUCACCAGUCACAUUCACCUGCAAAAUUGUUGGGAUACCCGUUCCAAAGGUUUACUGGUUCAAAGAUGGGAAGCAGAUUUCAAAGAGAAAUGGGCACUGCAAAAUGAGGCGAGAAGAAGAUGGGACAUGUUCUCUGCACAUUGAAUCCACCACCAGUGAUGACGACGGCAACUACACCAUCAUGGCUGCCAACCCCCAGGGGAGAAUCAGCUGUUCUGGCCACUUGAUGGUACAAGGUUUGCCCAUUCGCAGUCGACUAACAUCUGCUGGCCAGUCUCACAGAGGAAGGUCCCGAGUGCAAGAAAGAGACAAGGAGCCCCUACAGGAACGCUUUUUCCGACCACAUUUCCUGCAGGCUCCUGGGGACAUGGUAGCUCACGAGGGGCGCCUCUGUCGGCUGGACUGUAAGGUGAGUGGCUUACCGCCCCCGGAGCUGACGUGGCUGCUCAAUGGCCAACCUGUGUUACCAGAUGCCUCCCACAAGAUGCUGGUCAGGGAGACCGGAGUCCACUCUUUGCUCAUUGACCCACUCACUCAACGCGAUGCAGGGACCUAUACAUGCGUUGCUACCAACAAAACCGGACAGAAUUCCUUUAGUCUGGAGCUCACUGUAGUAGCCAAAGAGGUGAAGAAAGCGCCGGUCAUCCUGGAGAAACUGCAGAACAGCGGGGUUCCCGAGGGCCACCCGGUGAGGCUGGAGUGCCGCGUGAUAGGCAUGCCACCACCCGUGUUCUACUGGAAGAAGGACAACGAGACCAUCCCUUUCACCAGAGAGAGGAUCAGUAUGCACCAGGACGCAACAGGGUAUGUCUGCCUCCUCAUCCAGCCAGCCAAGAAAUCAGACGCUGGGUGGUACACAUUGUCAGCCAAGAACGAAGCCGGCAUCGUGUCGUGCACCGCCAGGUUGGAUAUAUAUGCCCAGUGGCACCAGCAGAUCCCCCAGCCCAUGUCCGUCCGGCCCAGUGGCAGUCGCUACGGAUCUCUCACCAGUAAAGGACUUGACAUUUUCUCCGCCUUCUCCUCCAUGGAAAGCACAAUGGUGUAUUCAUGCUCUUCUCGGAGUGUAGUGGAGAGUGACGAACUUUAAGAAUGUCUGGGUGCCUGCUGUGUAAGGGGGCGGACUGUGGAGGGGGAAGGAGGACAAGCCAGACACGGUGGUUUCCAAGCAACUGGAUUUGAGUAAGUUCCCACGCUGCUGGACCUGUGGCAAGGAGUGCUUUGUAUAAGUCAGCUGGGGCCUCUUGCAGUCUCUGGCUGGGGGAGAGAUGUAGGGCUGUGCCUUUUAAAGAUUCCAACAAAAAGUGAGAUAAACCAAAGAUGUCAUGCAGCUGCCAUCCACUGCUUUGGAAAAAGCUAGCGUGCUCCCCUGCUCCCUGCUGUGUUAGGGAUGUUUAGGCCCUGCUAGGGGCAAUUAGGGGCCAUAGGCUUGGGCUGAGAGGAGUUAGACAGUAGUGACCUUAGGUAUCACUAGCCCAACAAACAAUGCAAAGAGGAAAAGAUGGAGCAGGGGUCCUGCAUCACCUUUCAUUGAUUAUAUCCAUAGCAAUAGUUUUGGUGGAUUCAUUAAAUCAGCUUCAACUUAGCAUUAGGAGAUGGUGCCAUACAACUCACAUAUGUGGAGAAGCACUUUUGAUUCGCUUGUCCCGGGUGUACUCAGCCAUGUAAUAAGGUGCCAAAAUGUGCUUGAGAUACAAAAAUUUCACUGAAACACUCAGUAUUGCACAGUGCACUUAUUCUGUAGCCAAAACAGGGCCCCACCAGCCUGUCUGCCCAUUUUCUUUUGGAUACAGUAGUGAGUAGUUUUUCUUUCUGACUUUAUGUAUCCCUAGACUCUAGAACUAAAAGAUUGUUAAUAAACCAGCCAUAAAGAAGUCUUCUGAGGGGUCACUGUUAAAACUACUAGCUUCAAUUGCCACUUGCAAAACAUACACGUGUCAUCAUCAUCUUCCCAUAAAAUACCGACCCUCCCGCUCCUCCCCUCUCUCCAAAAGUCUGGUGUGCACGAAGCAGUGAGGAAGGAAGAAUGCAAACAAGGAGAGGAAGUGAUGGGAAAGUAUUGUUUUUC